GCUGUAAACGGUAAACCUUAUCUCUAUGCACGGACAAGAACACUAAUGGAAAUUGUAAUGUUUUAAUUGUCAUUAACAAAAUAUCGACAUUACAUUCAUAGUACACUGCGCAAUAAAUUAUAUUUAUUUAUUUUUUCAUUUAAAGUAAAGUUGUUUAAAUAUACAUCUUAUUAAAGUUUGAUAAUGUUCCCUGGCUUACGUACCGUCUCACGUUAAGUAUGGCUCAGUUUUUACACCGCGGAGCUAGACUGUGCAGUCCGAUACUGUGGAAGUCGUUGUGUUCUAAAUGUGAGCUUAACGCUUUCAAGAAGUCGCCUCGAUUGCAGCCAACGAUCACAUCAACUUUCAAAUUAUACAGUGUUCAAACGGAAAACAAAAUUAUUCACACUUCAGAUUCAGUGAAGCAACCUGAUCCAAUCGAUUUGUUCGGUGAAAACAAAGAUGAAAGACAAAAGGAAAAGGAAAAAGCUAUAAAAAAUUUAAAGAUUGGUUUUUUUGUUAUUGGCGCAUCAAUGGUUUUGAUACUUGGUUCCGGCUUGUACGUUCUAGUGUCCGAGGACGAUAGUAACAAAACGGAUGAAGAUGAUCAUAGUAUUUAUCCUGUAAAAUUGUAUAAACGCGGACGUUUAGCUAUUAGUAACUUUUUCGAAUCGAUGAGAGCACCUUCUUACGAAAAAUUGCUUCCAGAUCCCUUGGCUUUUCCAUAUAUUCAACCACCUUACACUUUACUCAUCGAAAUGAAUGAUUUAUUAAUUCAUCCAGAAUGGACAUACUCGACUGGUUGGAGGUUCAAAAAGAGACCUAAUGUCGACUAUUUUCUAGAUCAAGUAGGUCAGAAUUAUGAAGUAGUUGUGUUUACGUCUUCUAAUGGUUAUAAUGUGUAUCCCAUUUUGGAUAAUUUAGACAAGAAUGGAGUGAUAAUGUAUAGACUUGUUAAAAACGCAACAGACUAUAUAGAAGGACAUCAUGUAAAAAAUUUAGAGCGCAUUAAUCGUGACCUUUCUAAGGUAAUUAUGGUUGAUUGUGAUGAAAAAUCUGUAAAACUACAAAGGAACAAUGCAUUAGUCAUUCCAAAAUGGACAGGUGAUGACAACGAUCACCAACUUGUUCAGCUGGCAGAAUUUUUGAACGUGAUAUCAGCUAGUGAAGUAAUCGAUGUGCGGGAAGUUUUGUCAUAUUAUAAACAGUUUGAAAAUCCACUAGAAACUUUUAAAGAAAAUCAAAGGAAACUUUUGGAACUACAAGAAGAGCAAAAACAGCUGUCUGAAAAAUUGCCAGUUAAAAAAACCAGUGACAGAUUAAAACAACAAUUUUUAUAUGGAAAAUAGAAAUUCUUAUGAAUAGUGUAAUUAAUUUUUUUUAUUACUAAAGGGCAAUUGUUUGCUUUUUUAAUUAUUUCAAAACUAAUUAUCUUUUUCUGUACGAAUAAAAGGUUUUGAUUCUAUUGUGUA